GGCGGCUGCACUUUCACCUUCACCUCAGCCAUGAGGAUACAGUUCCCACCCUUCGCGCAAGAGACGCCCAGAGUUCCCAAACAGCAAGUCGGGGAAUCCAAGAACUGGCGAAGACAGUACCAGGACGGGGCGAGGGGCCUUCUUCCUCCUGUCGCAGCCGGUCCUUCCUUGUCUGUAGGCUUUAGGUGGCCAAGAUGUGCCUGCUCCGCCUCACUCGCCGGACCUGCUACAUCUUAUUCUUGUUUUCCAGAAUAUCCGUGGCUGUCGGAUAAACAAGGUUGGUUCCUUCAUUCUGAAUUGGAACUCCACUCUUUAGCACUUUCCAAACUCUGUGAAGGCAUAUUUUUGGAAGCCUUAGGAAAGGAGCUUCAGGAGGGUACCACUCUUCCUUCCAGCCAAGAGGCAGGGGCGGAGCUGGUUGCUAGGAAGCCGGGUUUCCGCCAAUCACCUGCCCAGCUCCCAGUAGGCGGGGCGCGGCUCGCAGCGUCUGUGGUAACCCGAACGCCAAAGGAGAGGCUAGAGGCAAUGAGAGCAGGGAAAAUGACUGCUGGUUCAGUGUGUGUUCCUCAGAUCAUACCACUACGAGUGCCUCAGCCUGGAAAAGCCAACCAUGAAAUUGAUAACAAUACACUUUUGGAAAUGAAAUCAGAUACCCCAGAUGUCAACAUAUAUUAUACUCUGGAUGGCAGCAAGCCUGAAUUUCUAAAGAGAAUUGGUUAUAAUGAAAAUAUAACAUUUAAGUAUACGAAGCCUAUUACUCUGCCUGAUGGAAAAAUACAAGUUAAAGCUAUUGCAGUCUCUAAAGACUGCAGACAGAGUGGCAUUGUAACAAAGGUGUUUCAGGUGGACUGUGAACCACCAGAUACAGUCUCUUCAGAAGACAGUGUUGAAAAUGUUCUCAAAGAUUCUUCAAAGCAGGAAGUAAAAAAUGGAUUUGUUGGAUCAAAACUAAGGAAGAAAUCUAAAAAUGCUGAAAAUAAACUGGAUUGGAAUAUUAACCUUAGAAAGUUUCGAGACCUCAAGGUAGGUGAAAGAUCCAAACCUAAAACACUGAAAGAUCUUCGCUUCUCAGAGAGUCCCCUGGAAAUUCCAGCUUACUGUGAAGAAUCAGGUUCUAGACCACCCACCCACCAGUCCCAGUUCCCUAGCUUUGCACACAUAGCUGGCCAGAAGAAUUUGACAAGCACAGAGAUUAUGAGAAUUCAAAGAGAGACAGACUUUCUCAAGUGUGCCCACUGCCUUGCCACCCGUCCAUCUGAUCCCUUUGCUCGCUUCUGUCAAGAAUGUGGCUCACCUGUCCCACCCAUAUAUGGCUAUCGUCUCCCACCCCCAGAAGGAGCUCAGAUAGGCUUAUGUGUAGAAUGUGGAAGCUUGGUGCCCAUGAACACUCCUAUCUGUGUGGUAUGUGAGGCUGCUCUUGCUCUACAGUUGCAACCACAGGCCAGCCUCCGCUUGAAGAAGAAAGUAAUCUGCCGUACCUGUGGCACAGGGAAUCCUGCUCACCUGAAAUACUGUGUCACCUGUGAGGGGGCCCUGCCUUCAUCGCAAGAGUCCAUGUGCAGUGGAGAUAAAGCUCCUCCUGGGCCCACUCAGAAAGGGGAGACCAUUUCCUGCUCCAAAUGUGGUCGCUGGGAUCGCCAGGGGGCUUGCUUCUGUGACGGGUGUGGAGCCACGGUGGGUAUUUCUGCUUGUUACUCUGUUUGCCCUAAAUGUGGGGCCAGCAAUCACCCAUCUGCCCGAUUCUGUGGUUCCUGUGGUCUUUACAUGAAAUCCUCAGCAAAACUUUGUGUGGAUAACAGACUGGCUCUAGCUACUGGAGAACCUGGGCUUUUUGCUGAGCCCCGAUCUGCCUGGCAGUCCCUAAAUGUUCCUGUGCCCAAACCUGAUGUGGGGACUACGAAGGAUGUAGGUACACAGACCACGGGUCUGUUUUACCCAUCUGGCAAGCUACUAGCAAAAAAGGAACUGGAAAUAACUUCUCUGAAGCAGAGGCAAGAGAAAAUGAGUGACCAUAAACCUCUCCUCACAGCCAUCAGCCCAGGAAGAGGAUACUGGAGAAAACAGUUGGAUCACAUCUCUGCUCACCUCAGGUCUUAUACUCAGAACAACCCUGAAUUCCGGGCCUUGAUUGCUGAACCCAGGAUGGGAAAGCUUAUCUCUGCUACUGUCCAUGAAGAUGGCUAUGAAGUUAACAUCAGGCUGAAUUAUGUUCAAGUCUCAAACAAGAACCUUUACUUCAAUAAAGCAGUGAAUUUCAGUGACCACUUUCUGAGCAGUGUCACCGAGGGUGGUACUGGGCUGUUCGGCAGCAGGUCCAGCUUGGUGAGUGACUACAGCCAGGGGACCUCAGAUGCCACUGAAAAAGUCAAGAGAAUGAAGAAUUUCAAGACCAAAACAUUUCAAGAAAAGAAGGAGCAGCUUACACCCAGAGCCUGGGACUCCUGGCUCUUGCUGGAGACAGUCGGACCAACAGGGGAUGGAAGGGUCUCUGUGAUUGAACAGCUGCUUGAUGACGGAGCAGAUCCCAACUGCAGUGAUAAUGAAGACCGACCCGUUGUCACCGUGGCUGUGAUCAAUAAGCACCAUGAAGUGAUCCCAGUUCUUGUGCAAAGAGGAGCAGACAUCGACCAGCAGUGGGGACCGCUUCAAAAUACAGCUCUUCAUGAAGCAACUCUGCUCGGCCUGGCAGGAAGAGAGUGUGUCAGUGCUUUACUACGAUGUAAUGCAAGCUUUCAAAAGAAGAACACAAGAGGCCAGACAGCCCGUGACCUGGCUCUGACAGUUGGGGAUGACCUCAUCAUCUCGCUCUUUGCUGCUCAGCUUGGCCUGGAUGACUGUUAGACCUGAGGACCUCUGCAGGGCUUCACUUAAAGAAACCAUCCAGCUCUGGCUGUUUUUCGUUCAUUUCUUUCUGAAAUGUAUAUUCGAGGUUUAGGAAUUGAUGUUGAGAGGAACUCAUAAGACUUUUUUUUAAAUAUAUGACAGCGUAAGCCACCAAUGCCACAUGGGCAUUUCCAAUGUGCCCUGGAUGGUGAUGAAGUUAAUGUGUGUUUUUAAUGAUUUAUUGCUGCUUAUUUAAGAAUUUUCUUUUAAGUUUUUUUUUAAUAGAUAAUAAUUGCACAUGGUCAAAGCUUAAAAAUAUAAAGUAUUAUGUAGUGAAAAAUCUCCCUCCCACUUCUGUCCUACAGCCACCUACUUCGCCUCCUCAGAGGCCACCAAUGACACCAGUGUCAUCUAUGUCUUUCCAGAAAUGGUAUAGGAUUAUAUAAGCACAUAUAUAUACUACAUGCAUAUGUAUAUAUAUAGAAUAUACAUAAAUAUAAAUAUAGAUAACACAUAUAUAUUCUUUUCUCUCUUUUAAGACAAAUAGUAGCAAACCACACCUGUUCUGCAUCUUGUUCUUUUGCUUGAUAUAUCUUGUAGGUAGUAUAUAAAGAUUGAGUUUAUGUAAAAGUUUUUUUUCUUGUUAUCAAUAUUUCCAUUAUGGUUUAUUCUUUGGCGACAAAUAAGCUUUGAAUAAACCAUUUGCAGGAAUGUGUAAUUUUGACUCAUUUCUUUUUUCAGAUUAUCAUUUCAAUGUUGGGGGUUGAAUUGAAUUGUAAAGCCCCUAAAUUGUUUCUGUUAAUGUAUAUAACUGGAAUAUUCAUUAAUAUGGAAUAAUUAAUUUAGCACAAUAAAAAUCAGACUUUGUUGA